CUCAUUGAUUGCGAGGAUGAUAGGGCCAGUCGACCGGAUGACGCGGAUGGUGAUGCCAUCCCAGAAACACCCAGCCAUCGCCCACUGAGCUCUGUCUGCUAUGGCAGCCAGUCACAUUUGACUUUAGGACAUUCCGAGUCAGCCGCACCAACUUCUUUGACGGGAGGGUCUCUAUCCUAUGGCGAGAUGGCGGUGCAGCGAUCAACCCACUGUGAAUGCACCCCAACAGUUUCCUCGUUUGUGGAGGAAUCGAAGAGCGCCGUACAGAACACACACUUAGGGCGUGCAACCGAGAGUGAAGGAAAAGUGGCGUCUGACGGGGAGCAUAUCCAUGGUCGCUCUGAUUGUAACGAUGGCAUGGCAUUCCCAUCAGCUAAACAAAAUAGUAACUGGGCUCCAGAGACAGGCCCCUUAUUCGAUUGCCCUGGCUCAAUGCCCCUGCAGCCACCAGGUAGCCAAGUCGAUUCUGUGACGAGCUUUCUUUGCCUCAGAAUGGAGUGGCAUUCCUACUCCGAGUUGAGAUGGCGUGCUCCGCAGCUGCUCACUCACUAUGUCCAUCAUACCAGCUUCCAACAUAGUCCCAGAGUACGUAAAGACGGGCCGUUUCGGAACUGACCCUAAUGUCAAAGCAUCCAAAGUAAGCCAGGGCGCAGUAGGUUAGGUCACGUUGUGUCUCUUCGCAUUUCUGUAUGGCCAACUCGAUUCAUCCAGUUUGAUUUCUUAUAAAUUUGAAUCCAAGCUUUGUGAAUGGCAAGUUCCUCGGCACAUGCAGCUAUUGGCCAAUACGAAGUCGCUUC